GAUAGUUAAUUUAGCAAUGUUUUUUUUUUAUCGGCAAAGAAAAUUUCAUUGAUGAUGCACGUACAAAGUACAAUAGAAGGCAUCAAUAAAGAGGAGCUUCGAGCUAGAACAAGCUCCAACCUCCUAGCUGGUGAGAAACCAACAAACAGAGAAAAAAAACAACAGAAAGAAAACCAGAAAGACAGCUAUGGAGCUGGAACAAGCUUCCAGCAAUACACCUCUGUUCAAACACCAUUGUGAAUACUGCAGGGAUUAACAUUAUCAAUCAGCAACAACUCUGUUCAAGCAGAAACAAUACAACCAGAUAGCAGCCAAACCACUGGAUACAUUCUCCUGUUCUGCAUGGGACUUGAAUAUACCAACUUUUACCAGAAUGAACAAGACAGAAUAGCAGAGCAGCUAACAAACCAGAUGAAGCAGAUUAACAGAGCAGCUCAGGUGAAGCAAUGUUGGUGUUUGCAUUAUUAUCUUUGUGCGUUGACUUCCAUUGACAACAAAACGAUAGAAUAUGAUUUCAUUUUAUGGAAUUUUCACAGUAUUCCUUAUACAAUUUAUUUGAAACUCAUAGUUGUAUUGGUUUUCAAAUGAUGAUUGAACAAAAUCAACUUAUCAUGAACUUAAUUCUAUUGCAUUUCUUUUGUCAGAAAUUGAUGAUGGUUGACUGUUCCCAACUUCCAUACGAUAUUAUUCGGCUGAUUGCAAUUAGAUUGCAUGCUGUUGAAGAUUUUCUUUCAUUUUCUUUUGUGUGUCACUCAUGGAGAUCAUUUUAUUUGACCAAAAGCUGGACUCCCGGUCCUCAGAUUCCAUGGUUAAUGCUCUCCGAUAAUGAAAACAGUGACAUCAGGAGUUUCUUUAGUUUAUAUAAGAACAAGGUUUAUGAAUUAGAACUACCUGAAGCUCGUGGUAGGCGGUGUUGGGGGUCACCUCAUGGAUGGAUUGUUAUCAUAGGAAGUGAUCUUGAAAUUCAUCUUUUGAACCCUUUUUCUAGGGCUUGUAUCAAUCUCCCACCACAGUCUACAUUUGAUAGCCAAUUUGAUUUUCAUAGUGCAUGGUAUAAAUUCAUAGACAAAGCAAUUAUAAUUAAGAAGUCAAAUGAAUCGCAUACAAUCGAAGAAGAAUUUCUGGUUAUGGUUAUUUAUGGUCCUCAUCAAGAUUUAGCUUUUUCAAGGCCAGGAUACAGUUCUUGGGUUAAUGUCGAAGCUAUUUUAGAUUCAUAG